CACCGGCUUUUGUCCGCACUGAGACUCUUUUUGUUGACACCUUCUUUCUUCUCCCUGAUGGCAGAAGUGAGGCGAGCGGCCAAGGGGGCGGGGCGUCCUGAUCUGCACCUGGAAGAAGAUAAUUUCCACGGAAACUCAGCAGGUUGUUUGCAUCGCAGGCGACCGCAGAUCAUCGUCACCUCAGCACAGCCUGUGGACGCCGACAGCUGCUUCUCAGCGUCGUCUGCCGUCUUUCCUUGGUCCCCUCCGACCAGCUGGUCUGCGGGCAUCCAGGUCCAUGCCAAGCCCCCGCCGUCCUUCAAGCAGGUGUUUAAAGAGAAGACCAGAGAGAAUGAUGUCCUCCAGCCCAAGGCAGCCCCCCGCCGCACCAUCCAGACCCACCCUGUGAGAGGUAAAAAACCCCAAAAACCACCAAGACCAUCCUUGCCCAGACCGGUGGUUAGAGAACAAUCUGGUCCACGAGAGUCAGAAGAGAAAUGUUGUGAUCAGUGGUCCAGAUCUGUCACUGUGCACUGGAGCACUCCUACAACACCAACACCUUCUCCUCCAGACUUGAGACCAACCCCAGUCCCACUCCCCCGCAUUAAGUCCAAAAGACAGGCAGCCACAGAAGUUAAAAUCCAGACUUUAGUCCAACUAGAUGAAGUGGACAGUGAAGUGGCCUCAGGUGCUGAUGCCGAGUCUUCAAGUAAAUAUUUGAAGGAGCUGCUGGAGGUCUUUGGUGAGGACAACCCAGAUGUUCAAUCAGUUGAGGAAGCGGCUGAUGGCGAGAUGAAUGGAAACAACAAUCAACGAAAUAUCCAAGCUAGGAUCCAAGCCUUUGAGAGCCAGACCGGCCCAGAAGACGGAAAUGUAACAGAACCCACCAAACCUCAGCCUCUUCCCAGAAAGACCCCCAAGUCGCCGGUGUCUUCUAAACCUCCCAUGACUGUCAGGUCGCAGUUCAACCACAGCUUGGAUCAGGAUGUUCAAAAUGUAGCUAGAGAACCCCCCAGUCCGUCGACGGAAUUCAAGCCUCGGCUGCCCCAGAAACCGGGGACUGGCAAGCCUGUGCAUGCCGACUUAGAGACGUUGCUGGCGAAGGGUGGUCCCCCUUACGGGUCACGUCCGUUGUUGACCAGAAGCUAUAGCAUCCACGAAGAGGAGCCUCCUAUACCGGUUCCUGUUCUUCCACCGAGGAGUCCUGUCAAGUCGCCCAAAGAACCACUGAAGGCCAACCUCAACAUCAACAACCACAACUCAACCUCCAUCUAUAGCAACAUCGACCAUGUGGGAAGUCCUUCAAGUCCUGCUCCUGUCAACCUGCACCGUGCAGAGUCUGUAUCCAGACCAGGUGUGGCCAGAAGACCCACCACCAUCAGGGUGCCCUCUCAGACAGAGAGCCUGCAGGGUAACGCUCCUCCACUUCCUGCCCAGAAGCCCGUAGGCUCCAUAACUUCUCCAGGCGUCCCUAAACAGAAGUCCUUACCCAGCAUACCUGUGCAGGCACCUUUCACCGACAAGUACGCCGCGUCGCCGCCAACUCGGGCGCAAAGUCUACGAAGACCGCCUCCGCCGCGCCCACCUCCGGCCAAACCCGGACCGGGACGACCCCCGCCGCCUAAGACCCAAACGCAAAAACCCUCCAGGCGAAUACCCGUGCUGCCCCCGAGACCCAACCCGGGCCAGCGUCUCUACAACAAGUACACGCUUCAACUGCCUCAUGGGAUCGCCGCCUCGGAUUUCAGCGGCGACGCCGCAGGAGAACUGUCAUUCCAGAAAAACCAAGUUGUUCUCCUGCUGGACGAGGUCAACCAGGACACGUUCCAGUGCCAAGUGGGACACGCCAGAGGUCGCGUCCACAAGUCUCGCCUGCAAGUCAUCACGCCUCUGCACGCCGACUUCCACGUGACGCCGUCGCAGGUGACCGAUGCAAAACUCCACUUUGACCUUUCAUGCAUUUUGAACGAGUGAAGUUGUUGUUUGCAGGUUUCAAAUGUGCUGACGGUUCAAGCUCUGCAUGACUUCACGCCAGAGGGUGAAGGAGAGCUGGCUCUGCAGGCAGGAGACAUCAUCAGCAGGGUGGAGAAGGUGGACAGUGAAUGGUACAGAGGUUGCCUGCACAACUCCACUGGAUUCUUCCCUGUCAGCUUCGUACAAGUACUGUCGGAGGCCUCGUCUGAAAGGAAACCAGAAGUAAAAGUCAGUGGUCCAAGAUGCGUGGCCAGGUUUGACUUUGAGGGCGGGAGCAGCGAGGAGUUGACCUUCUCCGAGGGCGACGUGAUCCAGCUGAAGGAGUACUUGGACCAGGAGUGGGCCAGAGGACAGAUGGGCGUCCAGACUGGAAUAUUCCCUCUCAACUUUGUCCAAGUCCUGGAACAUCUCCCACAGCAGCACCAAGUCCUGGAACAUCUCCCACAGCAGCAGACUACAAGGAUAGCACUUCCUGGCAUGGCGGUUCCUCCCCGAGCAGAAGCGGUCCAACCGGCUCAGUCCUCGGCGGAGUGGGCGGUGGCGUCGUACGCCUUCCAGGGCACGUCGCCGGAGGAGCUGUCCUUCCUGGCGGGCGAGCGCGUCCUGGUCACCAAGCACAUCAGCCAGGAGUGGAGCAGCGGGCGACACAAUGGCAGAGAAGGCAUCUUUCCUACAGCGUUUGUGGAGAGAAGACAGACGGGGUUCCUGGGUGAGCAGUCUGAAGGUGACGGUGGCGUGCAAGGCAAGGCCAUGUAUGACUUCACCACGGACUGUGAUGAGGAGCUGUCCAUGCAGGUUGGAGAUGUUAUAGACAACCUGGAGGUCCUUGAUGAUGAUUGGUUCCUGGGUGACUUGAGGGGGAGACGGGCCUUGGUACCCAGAACCUACGUUGAAGUUAUCUGAGAGCUCUUAAUGAAUGAAGUGUGGUAUUUGAGUAUUAACCAGUCUUUAUAGAUGUAUAAUAAAACUGUAAAACAGCACCAUCUAGUGGCCUCUCUGUACUG